GGAGCCGUUAACCGUCUCGCUCCGAGACUGCCUCCCAGGUUCUCUCCGGGGCCCGCAAGUCCAUCGCCUGAAAAGCUAUCCACGCCCACGGCCCCACGUGAGCCAGCACCGCCUCCCAAGCCGCCAGGGACGUCCCCCUGGGGAGGCAGCCCCUGUCCGCCACACCCCCUCAGCUCUAACCCGCUGCUCUGAGGCCUCGGAGGCGGCUGCGCCGUCAGGCGGAAUCGUAGCCGGCCCCUUGAACUCGGGUCCUCACGCGCGCCCCGCCCCCUUAACCUCCCCGUGGCUGGGAUAGGACCUCGGACCAUUUUGGUCCCGCCUUCCCUCUCCGACGACCUAAUAGUUUCCUCUGGCCUAGGUCGGGGGCAGGGCUGAGGGAAAGCGUGGCAUUUAGCCUUUAUAAGCAAACUUCGCGCAAGCGUGUCGCGAUCGUGGCUCAUGCGCCCUCUACCGCUGCUCAGGCCCAACUGCACCUGUCCAUAGGAAGUAGGGACGAAAGUUGAAAUCCGACAAAACCACGUGCUUAAACAAAAUGCGCGCGCAUGCUCCCCAAAACCUUCAGGCAUGCUUCCUAGCCACCCCCGGAAGUAGUUUUGUACUGGCCGGCCUUCACGUGGAGGGAGAUGGAGACUGAGCUGGGCUCUAGCGCUGGGCCGGAUGCGGAUACAAGUUCGCGAGGCUCUGGCUGCAGCCUCAGGCAUUUCGCCUGCGAACAGAACUUACUUUCCCGACCUGAUGGCUCCGCCUCUUUUCUUCAGGGUGACACGUCGGUCCUAGUUGGAGUCUACGGUCCAGCAGAAGUAAAAGUCAGCAAGGAGAUCUUCAACAAGGCCACCCUGGAGGUGAUUCUGAAGCCCAAGAUCGGGCUGCCUGGGGUGGCAGAGAAAAGCAGGGAGCGGCUGAUUCGGAACACGUGUGAGGCUGUUGUGCUGGGGACCCUGCACCCCCGAACCUCCAUCACCAUCGUCCUGCAGAUCGUCAGCGAUGCCGGCUCCCUGCUGGCCUGCUGCCUGAAUGCAGCCUGCCUGGCCCUAGUGGACGCUGGUGUGCCCAUGCGGGCAUUGUUCUGCGGGGUCACCUGUGCCCUUGACCCCGAUGGCGGCCUUGUCCUUGACCCCACAGCCAAGCAGGAGAAGGAGGCUCGGGCCAUCCUCACAUUCGCCCUGGACAGCACUGAACAGAAGCUGCUGAUGUCUACCACCAAAGGACUCUACUCUGUGGCUGAGUUCCAGCAGUGUCUCGCCGCCGCGCAGCACGCUUCCCAUCAUAUCUUCCGGUUCUACAGAGACUCUCUGCAGCGCCGGUAUUCCAAGAGCUGACCUGUAGCAGGUCCAGGGAACGUGGCCAGGUGUGGGCUUCCCCCUCUGUCAGAGUAAGGGGUCUCUGAGGUUCCCCCACGUUCCCAGGAACAGUGGAGAUGCCAACUCCUUGGACGCCUUGUGAAUCUGUCUGGGAUUUUGUUUGUCCCUGCUGGGAGUGCUGAGAGAGGGUUGGGCAAGAUCCCCAAGCCCACUGCUAUCUUAGCAGGGCCUGUGUGACCUCUGUGUGAUCUCUGGACCUUAGUUUCCUCAUCAGUCAAGUCAGGGUGUCGGACUCUGUGGCUUUCUAGGAUUAGUCCAGUUCUAAACCUUAUGAACCCAUUGUUUCUGCCCAGAGCUCAGGUGCUGGGAAAUGGGAGAGGAGCAAGCAUUUAUGUGGCACCUACUGUGCUAGGCACCGAGCUAAGAAUUCUACAGACAUGUCUCUUUAAGCCUCCCAGCAGACCUGGGAGGGAGGGGUUGUUAUUAUCCCCAGGCUGCAUUUGAGGAAACUGAGGCAGAUGAAGUGAUUUGCCCAGGGUCACACUGUCAGUUCUGUCUGGAGGCUGGAUCUGAGCCUCGUGGCACCACCCACCUGCUGGGCACUACCGAGACAAGAUGGACCGUUGUUGAUGGAAGGGAACCUCUCCUUUCUGGGAAGGAUAAUUAAGAGCAAGUUCAUGGAGGAGGUGGAGAAUGCUAACAUCUGCAGGGCCCUGCAAAAGGUCCUCUAGGAGGAAGAAAAUAAGACUGGUGUGGGCAGAGGCUGUUUGUGUACCCAGGGCCUGGCACACAGUAGGCCCUCAAUAAAUGUUUGUUGUGAACUGAA